AUAUAUUCGAUAUGUCAUUUGCGAUACAUAUGUGCGCAAGUAAAGUUAAACGUGAACUCAAGAUUGUUAAUUUUUAAUUUUUCAAUUCUUUAAAUAUUAAAGAGAAAAGAAUAAUAUACUUAUAAAAAUGAAAACAAGAUUUAAUUCAUAUGACAUUGCUUGUACUAUAAACGAGUUACAAAAACUUAUUGGUAUGCGCGUAAAUCAAGUUUAUGAUAUUGACCAUCGAACUUACCUUAUACGUCUUCAACGAAGUGAAGAAAAAUGUGUCCUUUUAUUAGAAUCUGGCAAUAGAAUUCAUACAACAGUAUUUGAAUGGCCAAAAAAUGUAGCACCUUCAGGAUUUUCGAUGAAGAUGCGAAAACAUCUUAAAAAUAAACGACUUGAGAGUCUUACUCAAAUAGGUGUAGAUCGAAUGAUUGAUUUACAAUUUGGAAGUGGUGAAGCAGCUUAUCACAUAAUUUUAGAAUUAUAUGAUCGUGGAAAUAUUGUGUUAACAGAUUAUGAAAUGACUAUUUUAAAUAUUUUAAGACCUCACACAGAGGGAGAUAAAAUUAGAUUUGCAGUCAAAGAGAAAUAUCCUAUGGAUCGUGCUCAUCAAAAUAUAAUGCCACCUAUAGAAAAUAUACAACAACAUUUACAAAAUGCCAAAAUAGGAGAAAAUUUAAAAAAAAUAUUAAAUCCACUUCUAGAAUUUGGUUCUGCUAUAAUUGAUCAUGUCUUAUUAAAACAUGGAUUCACAUUGGGUUGUAAAAUUGGUAGAGAUUUUAAUAUUGAAGAAGAUAUGUCAAAAUUAAUAUUAGCAUUAGAAUAUGCAAAUGAUAUGAUGAACUUUGCAAGACAAAAUGUUUCGAAAGGAUAUAUAAUUCAAAAAAAAGAAAUAAAACCAACAACAGAUGGUCAAAAAGAUUUUAUAUAUACUAAUAUUGAAUUUCAUCCAUUUUUAUUUGAACAAUAUAAAGAUCAUCCAUAUAAAGAAUUUGCUUCUUUUGAUGUUGCAGUAGAUGAAUAUUUUUCUACAAUGGAAGGUCAAAAGUUGGAUUUGAAAGCUUUACAACAAGAACGUGAAGCUCUCAAAAAAUUAGAAAAUGUGAAAAAAGAUCAUGAUCAAAGAUUAAUAACAUUAGAAAAAACCCAAGAAUUAGACAAACAAAAAGCAGAAUUAAUUUCCAGAAAUCAAACUUUAGUAGAUAAUGCCAUAUUAGCUAUACAAAGUGCUCUUGCUAAUCAAAUGGCUUGGCCAGAUAUAAAGGUAUUGUUAAAAGAAGCAGAAAGUAAAGGUGAUCCUGUUGCAUCUGCAAUUAAACAAUUAAAAUUAGAAACAAAUCAUAUUUCCUUAUUAUUACAUGAUCCUUAUGAAGACAGUGAUGAAGAGUCUGAAUUGAAACCUAUGUUAAUUGAUAUUGAUUUAGCACAUACAGCUUUUGGAAAUGCUAGGAAAUAUUAUAAUCAAAAGAGAUCAGCAGCUAAAAAACAACAAAAAACAAUCGAAUCGCAAGACAAGGCUUUAAAAUCAGCAGAAAAGAAAACAAAACAAACGCUAAAAGAAGUACAAACUAUUCAUAGUAUUAAUAAAUUAAGAAAAAUAUAUUGGUUUGAAAAAUUUUAUUGGUUUAUUAGUUCUGAAAAUUAUCUUGUAAUUGGUGGAAGAGAUCAACAACAAAAUGAAUUGAUAGUAAAAAGAUAUCUUAAAACUGGAGAUAUAUAUGUUCAUGCAGAUUUAACUGGUGCAAGUUCUGUUAUUAUCAAAAAUCCUGGUGGAGGUUCUGUGCCUCCAAAAACUUUAGCUGAAGCAGGUACAAUGGCUGUUGCCUACAGUAUUGCAUGGGAUGCUAAAGUAGUAGCAGGAGCAUGGUGGGUAAAUAAUGAUCAAGUUUCUAAAACUGCUCCAACUGGUGAAUAUCUUACUACUGGAUCCUUUAUGAUUCGUGGAAAGAAGAAUUAUCUGCCACCAUGUCAAUUAGUUAUGGGAUUAGGAUUUUUGUGUUUAGAAGAAAGUUCAAUUGAAAGGCAUAAAGAUGAAAGAAAGGUCAGAAUUAUUGAUGAUGAAAAUGAGCAUACAGAAUCUUUUAUUGAAGAAGAUAAAGAAAUUGAAUUAAUAGAAGAUUCUGAAGAAGAUGAACAACCUGAAAAUAAGAAUAACUUAAAUCCUAUUCAGGAAGAAUCUAAAAAAGAUUUAUUUAUGGAAGAAAAAAAUAUUAAUCAAGAUAGUAAUGAAGAAGACAAUCCAUUUCAAUUUCCUGAUACACAAAUUAAAAUUGAUAUUUCUGGUUCAAAAGUAAAGUUACAUGUUGAUAAUAAUCAGCCAACUACAAUAUCACAGGAAGUUGUAGAAGAUAUUAUUUAUUUAGGCGAUGAUAAACCUGUAUUAAUAAAUACCAUGUGUAAGAAGAAAGAUUUAGAAGUUAAACAAAAGUCAUUUAAAAAAGAAAAUAAAGAAAAAAUUGAAAUAGAUAGUAAAAAAAAUGAUCAAGUGAUUUUAAAACGAGGACAAAAAGGAAGGUUGAAAAAAAUGAAAGAAAAAUAUAAAGAUCAAGAUGAAGAAGAUAGAAGAUUAUCUAUGCAAGUUCUUCAAUCAGCAGGUAAUGCAAAAGAAGAUAAAAAAAAGAAUAGAAAUAAAGAUCCAUCUGGACCAAAACAACAAACAAAAAAAAAAAGUAUAAUGAAAUCAGUUCCGCCACAAAAUUUUCAAAUUGUAGAAAAUAUUGAAGAAGAAGACACAGGUCCGGGACCUGAAAUAGAUAUGUUAGAUCAAUUAACAGGAAAACCUGUUACAGAAGAUGAAUUAUUAUUUGCUAUACCAGUAGUAGCGCCUUAUAAUACUGUGCUUAAUUAUAAAUUUAAAGUAAAACUAACUCCAGGAACAGGUAAAAGAGGAAAGGCAGCAAAGACUGCUAUGGCAGUAUUUAUGAAAGAUAAAGAAAUUACAUUAAGAGAAAAAGACUUAUUAAAAGCGGUGAAAGAAGAAACAAUAGCUAGAAAUAUUCCAGGAAAAGUUAAGAUAAGUGCACCACAAAUACAAAGAUUAAAAAAAUAGAUAAUUUAAG